AUGCCCAAAAGUUUACAUGGUGGAAAGCCUUUCCGGAGUGAAGUUUUUAGCAAAAAAAAGCCAGCAUUUACUCUCAGGGACUACAUUCAUUGCAACUUGUGUUGCUUCUUCCUGUUUGCCCUUUCAUUUGAACUGUGUAUGUUGCUGGAGCCGAAGCCCGCUGUGGCAUUGCUGGGACUGGGAGUUGAUGUGUUCCUAGAUGGUUAUAACAUGUUUGCUAUAGAUUUCGUGAUCAUGUCAACACUUACUGCAGAAGAUUCUUGGCAAAUAUGUCACUUGGGUUGCUGCCUUGAUAGUUGGUAA